AUGCAAGAUUAUCGUUCAGAUAUUCAGGUCUUGGCACGAGCCCACCAGUACCGGCUUCAUCCCUUUGCACUGAAAGGCUUGUCAGAUUAUCUUUCUAGUCUUGGGGGCGACGGUGAAAAGCGACGAGAUGUGCUCCGUGAGCUCUUUGCGUACCUUCACAAGUUAUGUGCCACAGACCGUUUUGUUGAUGAAGAAAAGAUGCGAUCGGCUAUAGCACAGCAGUCGGUCAGGGAACGAGGAGCUACAGAAAGGGAGGGUGCUCUUUCCACUGUUUCUGUGGCGCUGAAAGAUAUACCCCACGUUUACAUGGAUGAACGUACAGGUGAGAUGAAAGUGCAGCCUGUAGCGCACGAUGGCAGCCGUUUUACGGUGUUGCGUCAACGGUAUCUCUUUGCUCGGCGGAGAUGCCAACGAAGUGGUUUGUUCCGGCGCGACAUGAGCAAGCAAUCGCUCGAUCGUGAUCUCCCACCACUACUUCCAAGCAUUGCGCUUGAGGGAAUCCAGCCGUCAGAACACGUAGCAGUGCUUGGAAUGAUUAUUAAGCGCCUUAAUGAGACGUAUCUGGAGGAUUUGCAUGGACAAUUGAAACUAAACUUUCGGGCGGAUAUGCGUCCUCCCGUGGGGAUGCUGGGGGAUGGCUUUUUAGUUGUUGUGAGAGGGCAGUGGUCCAAUGGUGUUCUUGUUGCCGCCAACAUUGAUCUUCCUCCCGCUGAGAGACGUGAGGACACGCUACGGGAUAUGGGUGCGGAUUACGAUCUUUUCGGUCACAGACCUUCGGACGUCGUGGCGGCUCUCACCCAGGAAAAACAAUCACUUCGGUCUGUGAUUAUUGUGAUGUCGCACAUUCACCUGGACCAGCAGGUGACAAUGAACAGACUGAUCAGUUUCUUCAAGGAGAUGCAAAAACGGACGGAGGCCGAGCUAAUGGAUACGACUUUGGUUAUGGUGGGGGAUUUUUGUUCGGCGGCUAUUCAUUAUGACGACGUCUCUCACCUCCCUGAACCAUUUGAAGGCUCUAACCACUAUAAAAUCCUUAUGGAUGGCCUUGCAACGGUGAUCACAACACAUGCGCCUAGUGUUGCUCAACACACGCAGGUUGUCCUUGUGCCUGGCCCAAAUGACAUCACAGGCCUUCUUGGUGUUUUGCCCCAGCCUCCUAUUGUGAGUAUUUUUGGGAAAACAUUACAAGCCCGUUUGAAGAAGGUUGUUUUUGCUCCUAAUCCGUGCCGUUUGCGUUUUUUUACGCAUGAAAUUGUAGUGGCUCGCCGCGACUUUUUCCGAUUGCUGCGAGAGAGCGGUCGUGUGUUUGACUGGCCCAGUGCGAGUGGUCCUGCGUCUAUCAACUCUUUUGAGAGUGUUGCAAAAACCGUUUUGGAUGAGGCCCACUUGGCACCAGAGGUGAGGGAGAACGUUCUGUGGAAGGCAGAUGAGGCCCUUCGCUUGACAGCGCUUCCGCACCUGCUCGUCCUAUGCGACAGCACAGAGCAGUGGGAGUGCACGUACAAGGGAGUACACGUCGUUAACCCAGGUUCCUUUUCUCUCGCUGCAACAUUUCUGUGGUACACGCCUGCGGACGGUGAAUGCAGCCUCAGCAGAGUAGAGCAGUAA